UUGGCGUUCCGGCUGCGUUCACACUGACCUCCUUAAGGUUAUCGGCAUAAUUUUGUAAAUUCUCGACUUUGCCGUUUUUCGACUAGAUUCGUUUGUCAAAAUUCCAACUGACGCGCCGCCGUAGAACCCAGUACACCCACGCGCGUCGCCACAACCAGAUUUGGAUUAGGAUUUAACCGGGGAGACCAACGAAUUAGGACGAAAAUGCUGCGCUCCCUUGCAACAACACGAAACGAAAUCGGGGCCCUUCGCUCCGUGCUCCUGCGAUCGAAUAACGCCACCUAUAUCCGCCGAUCGGCCGGAAAUGUCGGAGUGCGCGCCCUCAGCUGCCAGCUGAUCAACUCCCGGAAUCUCCAGAGCCUUAGGUCUAAACUUACCACUAGCCAACCCCUGGCAGGAUGGAGCUACAACUUUGCCCGUGCCUAUUCCAACCUUCCGGAACACAUCAGGGUACCACUGCCCGCACUCUCACCCACCAUGGAGCGAGGUUCGAUUGUCAGCUGGGAGAAGAAGGAAGGCGACCAACUCAACGAAGGUGAUCUACUGUGCGAGAUCGAAACGGACAAGGCCACCAUGGGCUUCGAGACCCCCGAGGAGGGCUAUCUGGCCAAGAUCCUCAUUCAGGGCGGCACCAAGGAUGUACCUGUUGGCCAGUUGCUGUGCAUCAUUGUACCCGACCAAGGCAGCGUAGCGGCCUUUGCAAACUUCAAGGACGACGGAGCAGCCGCGCCAGCAGCUCCGGCUGCAGCGCCAGCGCCACCAGCUGCAGCAGCGCCACCACCACCUGCCCCAGUUCCAGUUGCCGCUGCGCCCGCUCCAGCUCCCGCUCCAGCCGCUGCUCCAGCUGCAGCAGGUACGGGCCGUGUGUAUGCCAGUCCGAUGGCCAAGCGACUAGCCGAGGCACAACAGCUGCGUCUACAAGGCAAGGGCAGUGGAGUCCAUGGCUCAAUUAAAUCUGGUGAUCUUGCAGGCCAGCAAGCGGCAGCCAAGCCAGCUGCUGCAGGACCUGCCAAGUCAGCAAAGGCAGCCGGAGCACGUUUCGAGGACAUCCCGGUAACGAACAUGAGGGCGGUGAUCGCCAAGCGUCUGCUGGAGUCCAAGACCCAACUGCCCCACUACUACGUUACUGUGCAAUGCAAUGUGGAUAAGCUUCUGAAGUUCCGCGCCAAGGUUAACAAGAAGUACGAGAAACAGGGAGCCCGUGUCUCCGUGAACGACUUCAUCAUCAAAGCCGUCGCCAUCGCCAGUCUUAGAGUGCCGGAGGCCAACUCCGCCUGGAUGGACACAGUAAUCCGGCAGUACGACGAUGUCGAUGUCUCGGUGGCCGUCUCCACGGACAAGGGCUUAAUUACACCUAUUGUCUUCAAUGCCGACCGCAAAGGAGUCCUGGAGAUCUCCAAGGAUGUCAAGGCGCUGGCAGCCAAGGCACGCGACAACAAACUGCAGCCCCAUGAGUUCCAGGGCGGCACCAUCUCGGUGUCCAACCUGGGCAUGUUCGGUGUUAACCAGUUUGCUGCCGUUAUCAAUCCCCCUCAAUCAUGCAUCCUGGCCAUUGGCACCACAACGAAACAGUUGGUAGCGGAUCCUGACAGUCUCAAGGGUUUCAAGGAAAUCAAUGUACUGACCGUUACCCUGAGUGCUGAUCAUCGUGUGGUAGAUGGUGCUGUUGCUGCCAGGUGGCUGCAGCACUUCCGCGACUACGUGGAGGAUCCGUCCAAUAUGGUAUUGUAAACGGACCGGCACGACCCAUCACAUAUUAGAGACUCCAACGAAAAAAAAAAAAAACAAAAAAUUUGGAACCUCUCUUUAAGCGAGGAGUUUCGGUCGAGAUAUAAACUAUGUGGAUGUGUGGAUUCUAAUCGGUGUUACAUAUGUAAAGUCUUAAAUUGGAUUUAACUCAUCCCAUUUUAUUACUUAUAUAUAUAUAUAGAAAUUAAAUUGUGUAAUAUUUGAUGUAGUUAUUGAUGGUCACCUAUCGUUGCCAUGAUUGUAGAAAGAACACACAAAAUACUUGAAUGAUAUUCGAAUUAACUCACUCACAGAGCUGUAAAUUUCCGUUUGAUAUGCAAAACGUUUUGUAUGCUUCGUUCGCAUAUGUUGAUCAUGAUCGAGUAUGAAAAUGGAAGUAGUUGAAAGUCCAAAGACGCGUUGAAUAAACCCAAAACACACUCA